AUGAUCAAUAACAACCAACUGUUUUAUGAAUGUUUAAGAGGACCUGGCUCUCAGAGAAGAAAUUCAACGCCAAAUAAAUAAAGGAAUAGAAUCAUUAGAGCCUCCAUGUAGAUCGAAUUAAAUUAAACUUAAAAUCAAGAUAAUAGUCUCGCUGAUUCAGCCGUCAGAAGCAUGUCGAUACAGCGAAAUUCAAUUCAAAUUAACAAGGGCGAUCAUAUUAUUAAAUCUAUUACUUAACCUAAAAAGCAAGGCUUGAUGAAAAAAAGUUCUAAUACUUAGAAUCGGUACUUACAGAUCAAUGAUAACUAGAAAUAAUUGAUUUUGAUGGAUCACACAAAGGAUCAAUCAGAUAUUAUUUUAAAGUAUUUACCUGAAGCUCAAAAAUUUCUCAAUAAGGCAAACUAAUAGAUUUUAUAAAAUUGGAUUCCCACCUUACCAUAGGAUGAACGCAAACAAAUAGAAAAGAAUAAAAAGUAUUUCCCAAUCCCAAGAAAUAUACCGUUCCAUGAAAUUCUUGAUGGAUUGAAAGUUUUAUAUGGGCAAGGCAAAAAUAAAAGAUUGUGGCCUGGAGAAGAAGCCUUACUUAUGGAAACUAUUCGAUUAUAUAUAGAAAAGAUUGUAUAGAAUCCAAAACUACUAUUACAUAGUGUGGCAUUCACCUUAUAAUAGAUAAUUAAAUUAGCUGGACUUGAAGAGAUUUUGAACUAUAAAUUAUGCAUGUAAUAGUUGGAAUGUCAUUGGAAAAUGAUGAUCACUAGGUUCAGGUAUAGUGGUUUGGCAGAAUUGAAUAAGAAAUCCUGGCAAUAUUGGCUGGAAUAAGCACAAUUAAGAGGUCAUUUUCUGAAUUUACAAAAUGAUAAUUUAUUAACAUAAUACUUAUUAAAACAUUAAUAAAUUGACUGA